AUGGCAUCAGUUAUUAUAAAAAAGCCUUGUGUUCAAUGUCUAAAAGGUGGAGGCGUUACUACAUGUGAUGGAUGUCAACAAACAUUUUGUAUUAAACAUAUCAUUGAACAUCGACAAGAACUCGCUAUACAAUUGGAUAAUGUUGGACAAGAACAUGAUAUUUUUCGACGUGAUAUAAUGCAGGAUAAUUUAGCUCAUUCCCUAUUAAUACGUAUCGAUGAAUGGGAACAAGAAUCAAUCACUAAGAUUCAAGUAACAGCUGCAGCAGCUCGUGCUGAUCUACGACAUUUUAUUGAUCAAACUAAAAGUGAACUGAAAGUGUCAACAGAUAAAAUCACUAAUGAAAUACAAUCAUGUAGAGAACUGGAUGAUUUUACCGAAACUGAUUUAUCAAGAUGGGUACAAGAGGUAAAAGAACUUCGUAAAUUAUUGGAAACAAAUAUGACUAUGAAAAUCGUCGAGGAUGAAAAUACAUCAAAUUCUAUACAUAUGAUUAAAGUACAUGAACAACAAUUGUCAUGUGCAUCUUCUGUUUCCAAUGAAACAGCUGCUGGAAAUAAUAUUGUUUGCCAAGAUAUGUUUACAUUUAUUCAUGAAAAAUUUUGUAAUUUUCUUGGAAAAAUAGUUCUAACCGAAGAUGGUCUUUUAGCAACAUGCUCAGGUACCUAUUGGGAUGGUUCUACUGUGUAUGGUACUCGUCUUUAUGUAUCUGGAACACAUGUAAUUCAUUUUCGAAUCGAAAGUAAAGGAAGUAAUAAUCUUUUUUUUGGUAUCAAGUCAGACGCUCAUGAUAUGCCUGUACAAACUUUAAAUUCACCAUAUGUUUACGGUUGGUGGGAAUUUGAUCAAGCUAUUGAAAGUGUUCAUGGAAAUCGAAUUCAUAAUGAUAGAAUUAUUCGAACAGGUGAUGAAGUAACAAUGAUAUUAGAUUGUGAUAAUAGACAAAUUCAUUUUGAACAUCAUAGAAUCAAUAUGAUGAUUCAAUUACCUAUUGAACUUCAAAAAUGUCCAUUUCCAUGGAGAAUACUUAUUACAUUACGAUCAAUUGGUGAUAGUAUUCGAAUUCUUAUAUAA